CGCCGUGGUCUGUGAUCUGUCUUGGAUUUCAAUAGUUAUAACUAUUUCAUAAACACGGAACAUUUAGGAAUAUCAAAGAAAAAAUGGAUACCAUUGCACGCAUUUAACAGCGUAAUUGGAAAGAAAGUGAAGUCAUUCAAAUUGGUAGACGUAUGCAUGCUUACAGUGAGUGGGAUGUCAAACAAGAUGGUGAAGAAGAAAAUAGACCAAGUCAGUUUAAUACCGAUUAAUCCCACACGUCCCCAGCCGCCUAUUCAAAAAGCAGGUGUGAACUUGCGGGAAUUCAGAGAAGCAGCGGACAUUAAACGUAGCAGACAACGUAUUUGGAAAGACAGACAAUCGAUAAGUCACCGGUCUUCAUCAGCUGAUAGUGGUGUGGCAGAAUUGAAGGCAGAUGAAAAACUAGUUAGGCAGACAGGCAAUAUACAUAAUUUAGAGGAAGCUGUGACACUUCUGAAACCCAGACGACAAAAAUUGGAGUACUUAAGAUUUAGUCAGCAACGUAUUAUGAAAGAGAAAGAAAUAGAAGCACAACAAAGUGAUAGAAGUCAUCAGUCUUUAUCAGCCGAUCGUGGUUUGGCGAAACUGAAGGCGGAGGAGAAGCUGAGAAAGCUUACAAGUGUUAAAUAUAAUCCAAAAGAUGUGGCACUCUUGAAAACCGGAGGACACGAAAUGGGAGAUUUUAGACGUAAUCAGCAACUUGUUAUGUAUGAGAAAGAAAAAGAAGCAAAACAAAUUGAUAGAAAUCAUCAAUCUGUGUCAGCCGAUCGUGGUGUGAAAAAACUGAAGGCGGAGGAGAAGCUAAUUAAGCAUACAAGCGUUGUAUAUAAUCUAGAGGAAGAUGCGUCAGUCCUGAAAGCCAGACGACACAUAAUGGCGUAUUUAAGACGUAACCAGCAACAUUUUAUUAAAGAGAAAGGAAGAGAAGCUAUUCGAAUUGAUAGAAGUCAUCAGUCUUUAUCAGCUAAAAGUGGUGUGUCAAAACUGAAGGCGGAGGAGAAGCAAAUUAUGCCCACAAGUCGCCGACUUAAUCAAGACAAAAAUGUGACAUUUCUGAAAACAGGACAACAAAAAAUGACGGACACUGAGUCUAGCACGAAACGUAUUUUGAAAGAAAAUGAAAGAAGACAUAGUGAUAAAAGUCGCCAAUCUCUAUCAGCCGGUCGUGGUGUAUCAAAGAUGAAGGCGGAGGAGAAACUGAUUGAUCGCAGAAGUCUUCAACGUGUUCAAGAGGACACUUCGACAUAUCCGAAAAAUAAAACAUAUAUACUGCCACCUUUACGAAAACAAACACGAAUGCUGCCUCAGUUACCAGCUCAGUUUUCUCAAAAUUAUGUGUCACCUUUACGAAAACAAAAGCGAAUGCUGCCUCAGUUUCCUCAAAAUUAUGAGUUGUCAGAAUACUUACAAAAGUAUUAUGAAGAUUCGGCACAUUUUAAAAACUAUCGCUAUCAUAGUUUAGACAACAACUGCCAUUUUUGUUUUGCUUUGGUUCCCACUUUACAAGUUGUUGGUUGUGACGACAAUAAAGAACCGACUAGUCAUAUCAAAAAAGCAUUAUCGACUGAAUGCCAGCAUAGACCAAAAUGUUUGAAAUCAUGUGAAAGUCGCAUGACUUAUCAAUCUCUUCUUUUACUGACAAAUGAAACGGCUAUUCCAGGUAACUAUCUUGUUCACAUAUGGCUCCAAAGCAUACCUAGCAGUGCCAUAAAACUAGGGUAUGAACACUUUCGUGCUUGA